CGCCCCCCUGGCGCGGUCUCUUCACGGCGGCCGCGGCGCCUCCAUUUUCUCCUCCGCCGCUGCCGCCUCCGCCCGCCCGGACGAGCCGCCCCGGCCCCAGCGCCGCCCCGAGCCCGGCCCCGCCCGCCGCCCCAAGGACGACGCGCCCGGCCCGCCCAGGCCCCGCCGCCCCAGCCCCCGCCUCAGCCGCCUCAGCUUCGCCCGCGCCAUGAACGAGGAGUACGACGUGAUCGUGCUGGGCACCGGCCUGACGGAAUGCAUCCUUUCUGGCAUCAUGUCGGUGAACGGGAAGAAGGUCCUUCACAUGGAUCGCAAUGCAUACUAUGGGGGUGAAAGUGCAUCUAUCACACCCCUGGAAGAUUUGUACAAAAGGUUUAAUCUGCCUGGAUCUCCACCAGAGUCAAUGGGCCGAGGAAGAGACUGGAACGUGGAUCUGAUUCCCAAAUUCUUGAUGGCUAAUGGCCAGCUGGUAAAGAUGUUGCUCUACACAGAAGUUACUCGCUACUUGGACUUCAAAGUGAUCGAAGGCAGUUUUGUCUACAAGGGAGGGAAGAUUUACAAAGUCCCUUCAACUGAGGCAGAAGCCCUGGCCUCCAGUCUGAUGGGCUUGUUUGAGAAACGGCGCUUCAGGAAGUUCCUGGUGUACGUCGCCAACUGUGAUGAGAACGACGCCCGUACUUUCGAAGGGGUUGAUCCCAAGAAGAACACCAUGCGAGACCUGUACAAGAAGUUUGACUUGGGCCAGGAUGUGAUCGACUUCACGGGCCAUGCUCUUGCCCUGUAUAGGACCGAUGACUACCUAGACCAGCCUUGCCUGGAAACCAUCAACCGGAUCAAGCUGUACAGCGACUCUCUAGCUCGAUAUGGCAAAAGCCCUUACCUGUACCCUCUCUAUGGGCUGGGGGAGCUGCCCCAAGGAUUUGCAAGGCUAAGUGCCAUCUAUGGAGGCACCUACAUGCUGAACAAGCCCAUUGAAGAGAUCGUUAUAGAAAAUGGCCGAGUGGUUGGAGUGAAAUCGGAAGGGGAGAUUGCUCGCUGCAAGCAGCUCAUCUGUGACCCCAGUUACGUCACAGACAAAGUAAAGAAAGUUGGCAAGGUGAUCCGGGUCAUCUGUGUCCUGAGCCACCCGAUCAAGAACACAAACGAUGCCAACUCAUGCCAGAUCAUCAUUCCCCAGAACCAAGUGAACAGGAAGUCGGACAUCUAUGUCUGCAUGAUCUCAUCUGCGCACAAUGUGGCAGCGCAAGGGAAGUACAUCGCCAUUGUGAGCACUACGGUGGAGACGAACGACCCAGAGAAGGAGAUCAAGCCUGCCUUGGAGCUCCUGGAGCCCAUUGAGCAGAAGUUUGUUAGCGUCUGUGACCUCUUCGCCCCCACGGACCUGGGCAGAGAGAGCCAGAUCUUUAUCUCCCGCACUUACGAUGCAACCACCCACUUUGAGACGACGUGUGACGACAUCAAAGAUAUUUACAAGCGGAUGAUGGGUGCAGACUUCGACUUCGAAGAGAUGAAGCGGAAGAAGAACGACAUCUACGGCGAGGAGGAGCAGCAGUAGCAGAGUUGCCGAAGUCUUCAUUCGAGAUCUCGAUCGGCUGGUGGGGUGUGUGCACAGAGGAACUGAAACGAGCACCGUAUGAAAUUCAAUAUUGUAAGGCCUGCUUUUGUAAUCCUAUCUCCGAGACUGAAAAGAGUCCUGCACUGGCAAAAUGCUCCCCCUUCCCUUUGGAUGUAAUCAUGUGUCAAUCCUUUCAAACCAGGCUGCUGUGUCGAAAUUGGCAGAUACUGACACGCUUUGAUCGAACGGUCCCUGUGUGCAAGGAUCAGCAGCCGUUACCACCCCUCUUGCUGAUCUCGAUGCUGGGGUAUAAGCUGCAAAUGACUUGAACACCUGUGUCGCCUCCUGUAACCCCCUUCUCCCGUCAGUCUCUGCUUCUGUCCAAGCAGUAGGCACACCCCUCCCCCACCAUGUGUGUCUGAACCCUUGCACCCUCCAACAGGGGGGCCUCAUCCCAAGCAGCCUUUUCCCAUCUGGUCUUAACUUCAUGGCAAGCUGUUAUUAUGGCCAAAAUCCACAGCAACCGUAGCCACGUGGCAGGGCUUCUGCGUAGAGCCCUCCUGCCUUUCCCUGCCCUCUCCCCCUCCCCACUAAAAAGCUUCUCAAAACUGUUUACAUCUGCUGGGACACAACCUCUGCCUCAAGGCUCUCUUUGUGUUUUAAAAAGCGAUACUAAUAAAUUGGUGCAAGAACAAAACUCCAAAGCAGGCCCAGGUGUGUAUGUCUGUGUUUGCAAGUAUUCCCCCCCCCUCCUGUACCGUGUGUGGCUUCUCAGGUGGACCAAACUGCACUGCAGUAUUGAUUUGACGGAGCCUGGGCUUUUUGUCUGGGAAAGGCUCCAGAUGACUUCUGUACUGCCAAGUAAAGCCAACUUUCUGGAAACAA